AUGGAGUCGUAUCUAACCGACGACGGGGAGAAGAUACUCUUUGCGCAUGUGAGCGCGCUGAUAUACGUAUUCGAGGUCACGAAGCUAGACUCUGCCGGCCGUCCACCUGAGCUCAGCUUGCAAUACUUCUCCCGAUGCCUCAAAGCGCUAGGCAAGCGGUCACCGCAAGCACCUGUCUUUGUUCUGAUCCAAAAAAUGGAUCUUAUCCAGCCGGAAAAGCGACAGAGCGAGUUUGACAUGUGGAUUAAAGCUCUUAAACAGAUUUGUGGUCAAGAAGAUGCCUUUAUAGCCUUUGGGACAAGCAUCUACGAGGACACUCUCUAUCGUGCGUGGUCUGCAGUUGUGCGGAUUCUUGUCCCAAACCUCUCAGACUUGACUCGCAAUCUGGGACUACUAUCUCAAAGUUGUGGAGCACUGGAAACAGCAAUGUUUGAAAAGACGACAUUUCUUCUCAUUGCGAGAUCGUCCGUUGAGGAGCCUGUCAACCACUCGUUGGUUUCCACCCAUCUUCUCCCAGAUAUUUACAACAAACCGGUGGAAGAUGCGGGAGAUGCAACCGUGGCCCUAGGUCAAGCCAAUAGGUUUGAGAUGAUUUCCAAGCUCAUCAAAGCCUUUAAACACGACGCCAGACGGUUCUCCUCGGAGCCAUUUGACUCGUUGAGGAUGGAAAUGAGCGAUUUUACGCUUGUGCUGACCUCGUUGACUCCAACAUCAUACGUUCUUGUGAUUGCCUCUGCUAAGGAGCCACGCAUCACGCCAGACGCCAUCGUGCUGAACAUUUCUCAUGCUCGUCCUCACUUCGAGGCUCUUCAAGCUGCAGCGAAAUGA